AUUUACCCUGUACAAUCAUGGGAUUGUAUGACCCAACCCUACACAACAAUCUGUAGUUAGAUGAUUCUGUAUAUAUUAUCUUUAAGAUGCAGUUUUCAUGUGUUUUUACAGCCAUUCUCCUUGCCAUGCAGGGAAUAGGCUUAGUCAGAUGUGAACAUGGUGGUGAAAAAGAUGACAUUAUUGACCUGAGCUAUCCCUUUGACGGGAACACAUUAUUCUGGCCUGGGCAAGACCCUUUCGUGCAAACAAUUGGCUAUCGGGGAUCAACCGGGAAUAGUUGGUAUGAGACGAAUAGCUUCCAGAUGGGCGAGCACACUGGUACACAUUUGGAUGCCCCAGCACAUUUUUCAGAGGGAAAGCAGAGAGUCGAUGCAAUUCCAAAGGAACAUUUCAUUGGACCAGGUGUAAAGGUUGACAUUUCUUCCAAGGCGUCGACAAAUCCUGAUGCAUUACUUGAGGUUGAGGAUUUGAUGGCCUGGGAGAAAACAAAUGGUGAUAUACCAGAAGGCGCCAUACUGAUGGUGUUCACAGGUUGGGGUAAAUUCUACCCAGACCGUGCUUCGUACUUUGGUUCGGAUCGUAAUGACACUUAUAUUGACGCAAAUGGCACCUCUCUUCUUCACUUUCCAGGAAUCAGCCCAGAUGCAGCUGAUUGGCUAAUUGGAAAUCGUGACGUUGUUGGUGUAGGUAUCGACACACCUUCUCUCGAUUACGGCCAGAGCACUACUUUUUCUACCCACGUUAAACUUAUGGACGAAAAUAUUUAUGGCCUUGAAAAUGUUGCAAACCUUGAUAACAUGCCAACAUCGGGUAGUACAGUUUACGCUCUUCCAAUGCAUAUCAAGGAUGGAAGUGGUGCACCGGUCAGAAUUUUUGCCAUCGUUGGAGAUACCGAUACUAAUGGUGUCAUGAAGAGCCGACACUCUGCGACCUUUUGUCUUUUCAUAAGCAUCGCCUUAAUAGUCUAUAAUCAGUACCUCAACUAAUUUAAAUUAGUGGCGGCGCCAGCGGCUAUUACGGAAUGAGGUAGGCGGGAGGACAGACCCCGUCAGGCAACCCCCGUCUGGAUAAUUGUGAUAAACCUCAAGUGCAAUUUCCAGACAGAUGAAUAUUAAUUUUCCCGUAAUCCUGUGGGUCUAAAGGAAUCUUGCUCCUCUGUCGGGGACACUGAAUCGUGAAUCGUCGGGGAAUCUCUGGCGCCGCCACUUAUUUAUACCGUCUAUUCAGUUAUAGAAUUAACUUUCUACAGUAAAUUUGUCAUACCACAAAAAUGCUGUAAUGGCUAUCAAUAAUGGAGAGAGGAGGGAAAGUGACGUUGCUACUUGCAACACGUAGGCCUAUACAGUGGCGUAUCUAAAAACCAAAAAAAAAAACUCAGACAGCGAUUUGUUUUCGCGUCGGGUGUGUGAGUUAAACGCAGAGACGCGAUGGUUUGCGUCGGGGACAGUCGCGUCGUAGAAUAAACAUGUUUAAUAUUUCUCAUGACAGCUUAAGACUGUCCCCGACGAUGAAUCGCGUCGGGGGUGGGGGUGCUCGAUGAUUAAAUACAGUAAGCGGGCGCCAGCUCGCAAUGUAAGGUGAUAUGGUGAGUGUUUAACUACUAUAGUGUGAAUUUGUUGCUUCGAACAUUUUCAAUCGUUGGGUGGGGUGACUGGGAGGUGCGAACUUCUUCACUAUCCCCUCCCCCGCCGCCCUAGUUACGCCACUACGUCCAUAAUCUUUGUAUUCUUAAAUUUCCUGGUUGCCAAGGUAAUGACAUGUAGUAGGACUGUAAAAGGUCUGUUAAAUAAUGUUUAGGCUUAUUUUAUUUUAACUUGUGUGAUGCUUUCUUAGUUUGUAAUCUAGCAUUGGAAAUUGUUACAAGAAUUAUAUUUGUAUAUGCAUAAUCACAAUAAAAGUAGGCCUAUCUUGUUUCAUA